AUGUUGAAUUCAACCGCAUCAAAUCAAGAUGAAAUAAUUCUGAAAUCAUCAAGAAGAUUUGUACUUGCAGAUUAAGUUAAAGAAUAAGAAUCUGCUCCUAUUUAUCGACCUAAAAGAUCAAGUAAAAAAGUGAAAUUAUCACUUGUAACCAAUUAACCUUAUACUUAAUCCAAAAUUUGUUAUAUUUGUCGUAGAAGCUGCAUAAUUAAAUUAUGUAAAUGUGAUGAUGUAUAAUAUCAUCCUGAUUGUGUAAUUGCUGAAAUGAAAAAGCCUUCAUCUUCCAUAUCAACAUUACAAUGUCUUUUUUGUUUAUGUUUCUUUAAAACUGAAAUUAAAAAUAAAAAGUAUCACAUCUUUCUGAAACUAUAGAUAUCAUUAAAGAUAGAGAUAUAGAAAUUUAACAGUUUUACUAGCCAUCUCAAUAGCUGUUCUCUUUAUAGUUUUAGGAGUAUUAUGGAAUCAACUUUAAGCAUAAUUGAUAAUCAUUUUAUUUAUAAUCAACAUAUUGCUCUCUCUAAUUGCAUUAUAUUGCUAUAGAAGAAUUUACUAUAUAGAAAUAGAUUGGAGAUUAGUUACAGUAGAUGAUGAAUUAAUAGACUCUCAAGCUUAUGAAAAUGCAAAAAUAAUAUUCCAAGCCUUUGAUACAAAUACUGCUCAUUACAUAUUUGAUACUGAAAUUUAAUGA